UGUGGUGUUAUUCAUAUACAGUAUCUGUGACAGAACUGAGAACUAACGGAUAGCAUAUAGCAUGGAAUACUGCGCGUUUGUGCGCGUCCUCUGGAAACUGUUUCCUCAAACUGCAGCGCGGGAGUUAGAUGGCAAGUUAAAAGCGCACUGAUCAUCAAGGAAGAUCAGGCAAGUCUGUGUUCUAGUGGAAUUACACAAGCAUUAUAGCGAACGCUCUGGGGGGUGGAAUAGAGACUCAUCCGAUGCGUUUAUUUAUCAUGUAAAUGUCUUGAGUCUGACUAAGCACCGUGGACUCUUCUUUGCAGCCGCCUCGACGUGAUAGCAAAGCAGUCAAGACUAAUUUGACUUCAUUGCGUCAACUUGGAAUCAGCAUUUUCACUAUACCAAUUAUCACUCCCCAUGGAUCUGUCUGGCGUCGGUCACAGGCUUCUUGUGUUGCUCUCGUAGGCGCAAAAGAAAUGACAAAUUACUUUUACAAGGGAGAGACACUGUGGGUUUCAAUUUUCUUUCAAACUGUGAAGGAAUGAUGUCCAAAAGAGGAUGUGUACAAACAGGAAGAUCGUCUGGAGUCUGGUGGUGCUGUCAGUACUGGAGAUUGGGUUUGGUGUGUCGAGCAUCACCUUGGGUGCGGUGGGGCUGAGGAGCGUCCGAACCACUAUGCAGAAGACGCAGUUAGGAGAUGCAUCUCCGGUAUGGAGCGGAAUGUGUUUUCUCAUCUGUGGACUAUGUGGGGUACUCUGUGCCAUAAAGAGGUCAGGGCUCAUUAUGAUAUUGUUUUCAGCCUGCUGCAUCUGCGGGCUGAUCGGCGGGAUCCUGAACAUCCAGUUCGUGCGGGUGCUGGUGAAGCGGUCGGACGGGCUGCGCUCCGUCCACCUGGGGGCGCUGUCGCUGGCCUCCCUGGGCAUCGCCGGCUGCACCCUGUGCACCUGGCUGACGUGCCGCCUGGCCAGCACGGAGCAGCGGCGCAUGUUCCUGGAGAGGGAGCACUCGCUGCACCACUCCCACGAGAUGACCGAGAAGGUGCGGCGCACGUCCUCGCUUGCCAUCACCUGACGCGCAGUCCGACCUGGAAGGCCUCUGCUUCGAUUUCUGGGUGGGUGGGGGGUAGGGGGGCUGUUGCUGCACCCAUUAACAUGAUGCUCGGCUCAAAUUGCUUCCAUAACAUAUAUAUGAAUCAUGCUGACUUGGAUAACAAUGUGAAAUAUGAUAAUAUAAACUAUUUCAUUUGCCCAGGAAUAGGGUGUCUACUGAGUGCAUCAGUAAUGAUAGCAAUAUUGAUACCGCAUUUAGAUUUCCUCUGGCUUGAGAUUAUACUGUAGAUCCAUACAUAUACCCCCCUCUAGUUAGUUUAAUAUUAUAUAAUUUUGGGAGAGCAACCUUCUGUAUUAGAUCUACAAACAAAGACCGAACAGUUACUUCCAUUCUAUUUAUUUCAUAUAAGAAAUACAUGUGUCACCUGCUC